AUGUUUGCGGUACCUCUUUCUCGUGCCAUUCGCGAACUCUACUUUGAUGACUUUCGGCCACUUGAUGGCCCAAAGUUUCGUCCGGACCUUAUUGACAAUUCCCAAACACCCACCUAUCUGAACAUUCACCAUAUUAAUUGGUCCAAGGAUCUUUAUGGUCACAAAUUUAUAAGCUUUUACCUAAAUAUUGAUCCUGAAGAGUAUCCGCUAAUUAUCCAAAAUCUAGCAAUGAUCUGCAGCAUUCCUUAUAUUUGUUACUUUUGGUUUUGGUCAAUAAAUUUUUAUAUUAAUGAUUAUAGACCAGGAAGUUCAAUUGUAUCGUUUCACACAAAUCUCUUCACAAUGCAAAUUAUUCCAACAGUUUUUGCUCUUUUUUUAGCCGGUGCUACGCUUGUAUUUUACCGCAUCGAUAGAAAUAUGGCCUAUGUGUUUUUCAAGGAUCCGGAAAACCGCAAGGCUGUUGAGAUUUGGCGCGAUUACAAAACAUCUCAUGGUAUCAUCACCUGUACCAUUAUCCCAGAAUUUUUUUACAAAAGAACUGGUUACAUUUCCGUUUUCAUAGACAAAGUUGUUCCAAAGAAAUGGCUGGUACAAUCAAAUAUAAUCACUGUUCUUACUACUGCUUCAGUAGCACCUUCUAUUAAUGAUGGUCCUAAUUUGAUUGACAAUGGUAAAAUAAGUGCUUACGCUUCUUCUAUUACCUGCAAACACACAACUCAAAGCGUUACAGAAAGUAAUCACGAGAAGUACCUUAGAACAGGCUAUAUGAACGCUUAUCCAAAAUCUGUUGCUAGCUCAUCACAACUUCCUGGAUCUGUGGCUUCCUCGUCAAUAAACUAUAAUAACCAAAGCACUUCAAGUUCUAAUAAGUCAUUUGAUGUUUCUAGUGAAAAGUCAAGCAGAUCUAGUGUUUCAAAAACUUCUGAAUUCUCCAAAUCAUCAGCGUUGUCGCAGUAUGCUGAAUCUACAGCAUCAUCAUCUGCCCCGGCUUCUAAAGGCUUUGGGUUUAUGCCAUCUUUUUUUAAUAGUUCAGUGCCUUCGACAUCUGAAACAAAAUCAACUCGUUCCGAAAUUUCUUCAAAAUACCCAGAAUCUGCAUAUUCCUCAUCUUCUUCUCGACAUUUGCUUUCAUCUUUAAAUAUUUUCGGUAAAUAUGCUGAGUCAAGCUAUUCUGCUGCUUCCGAAAGCUCAUCCAAGUAUUCAAAGUCCACACGUUCUUCUGCUUCUUCAAAGUAUCCGGAUUCGGUAAGCUCUUCAACAUCUUCAAAGUACUCCAAAUCCUCUUACUCUUCGUCAUCUUCAAAGUCCCAGGAAUCCAUCCAUUCUUCUUCUUCCUCAAAGUAUCCAAAAUCUUCUCGCUCUUCACUAUCAUAUUUUCAAAAUUCAUUGGUUUCAUCUAAGUCCUCACCCCAAUAUCCUGAUUCUGCUCGUACAAGUGUUUCUGAAAGCCCAUCCAAGUACGAAAAAUCAAAAGAUUCUUCUUCUUCAAAAAAGCCAUCAGACCUCUCUCAAUCAUCAGUAAAAUCUUUUCAAAACUCAAAAACCCCGUCAACUUAUUCUUCGGCUUCAGGAUCUUCUCAUUCAACAAUUUCAUCACCUUCCUCAAGAUACCCUGCUCCUGCUCCUGCUCCUGCUCCUGCUCUUGCACCAUCAACCUCAUCUCACCAGUUUUAUGCUACAAGCACAACCUCAUCUUCGCGCUACCCAGGUUCAUUAAACUCGUCCACCUCUUCAUUCCGGUCUUCUGGGUCAUCAAACCAUUUGAGAUACAUGAGUUCAGAUUCUUUUUCAAUGCGCUCAUCAGAGUCUCAAUCAAGCGAGUACAGUACCAGAAGCAAUUCCAGCACUACAAGUACAAUUACACCAAACAAUCACUCAUUAUCAUCAAACUUUGAUUCUCAAUCAAUAACGUCGUCUGCUACCAGUGACUCAACAGCUUCUUCUUUGCAUGCUCAAUUUCUAGGGUCAAGUGUUAUUCCCGGUUAUAAAGACGCCAAGGAUAAAAAAGGUAAAAAUCGAUGUAAAGACCAAAGAAAGUAG